AUGGACUUCGACGACGAGUCGCUCUUUGGCUCUCCUCCAACUUCAGCAACGUUAGAGCCUUACUUUGCUGCCAGAGAUCCGAUCCCUCUCUGCUUGCCCGGAAUGAGCACAAAGCACCUGCCGAACGCCAACGAUGCUCCUGCGCAGGCGCAGAGCACGACCUCGAAUUCACAAGUGCCUCACUUGCCUCAUCAGGUGCUUGGUAUCGAGAACAACGCCUUGGACGUUCCUUUCAGACCGCAGACACCCGUGCAGAGACGGCUUUCACGAAAAGCCUCAAAGCCCUCUUCCUCUCGAAGAAGCUCUUCAACUCAGAGAGCUCCCAUCUCCGCGAUCAACCCUGGUGUACCCGUCCGACUGAUUCCAACAAUGCCAUGUUCCUCGGCUCCCACAGCAGAGACUCCUCUGUUCGCUCCGCCAAUUGCGCCGGGUUACAGUGCCUUGCCUCCUUUGCCGGCAUCGCUCCUUCUGCCACCUACACCGCCCGUUCUGAACGAGAAUGGCGCAUCCUCAGCCUCAGUCAUUGGUGAACCAUCCUCAAGCCAGAAGUUGUGUACCAAGUGCCACAAGCCCAAGCCGCAGUCGGAGUUCUCUUCUAUGACCAAUAUGGGUCUAACGAAGGAGCGGAGCCAAUGCGAGCCGUGUCGCAGGAAGAGAAGAGAAUCAUCGGCUCGACACAAGCUUCGUAAAGAACAGGCUGAGACUAAGGCUGAGGACGACCAGGAGCAGCUUCAACAGCACCAACUUCCACAGGGCGGCAUGGCGCAGUGUCCUCACCAUGGCUUGAGCGAGCAUCAGCCGACUCGCUCUUCUCAUCCAUUGACAGCAGUGACGUUUGUUCCCAAUGCACUGAUCACAACCCAGCAUGAUCCAAUCGACUUGACGUCUCCAACCGUUCCUUCCUUCUUCGACUGGCCCGCAGCCCAGGAACCCGAGCAGGGCGUCGAUAUUAAAGCUGAUAUGGCAUUCUAUGGACUGCAGUCGUCAAAGCAAAUGCCGUCGCCGAGCUUAGUUCUCCCGCAAGGGACUAGAAUGGAAGCUGGACUUCCCCCGACCCAAGAUCACAAAAGCGAACUCUACGACAUUGUGAGCGUCAAGACGCUUAAGACUCCCUUGACCAAGAAUGCCGAGACCUGGCUUCUCAACCACGAGAAGCAAAAGUUCAAAGAGGGCCGCAACAAGUGCGAGUGGAUGAAGGUGCAGGAGAAGAAGACUUUGGUGGCGUGCUGGGAAAAGAGACAGGCCUCGAUUGUUCUUGGACUUGUCGAAGUGCCUGGCUCUGAUCUUCAGCCCAUGAUUGGCUAUUCCUACGGCGAGGGUUCGCAUCAGAAUCUGCCUGGUGCUUACCCAGAUGACUAUGAUUGGCACUGA